AUGACGGGGGUGAAAUCUGUCGCGGCACCUAGCAAACCAUAUCGAGGGAAAAAGAUAUCUGCACCAGCAUCUUCAUCAACGUAUCCGUCGUCGUCGCCACCUCCAAAGAAACGAGCGCACAAACAAGCUCAGAAGUUGCACAAUAAACCAAAACGUUUCUCUCCUUCUACAUCCAACACGUUGCAACAAGGUGCUUCAAAAACUGCACAACCCCGUACCCCAUCUUUGCCAAACCCACCACCUACUUCACAUACCCACAACUCCACAAAAAUCGCACAAACCGCAUCAUCAUCUUCGCCGGCUGCUUCAACCCUCCGCACACCGGCACCUCGAGCAACCCUCGCACAUAUUCCUGCGCUCGAGUACCAAAACCAUCGCGGCGAUAAUCAUCCCCCGCGGCGCAAAAGCAUACGUCAAAGACGACGUGUUGAUUAA